AUGGUCAAACGAGCAGCUCUUCUUGUAUCGGUUCUCCUUGCAGUGCGAGCCAGCGAGCUGCCAAAUGAAGAUCUUCCAAACCGAGCGAAGGCAAGACCUGUGAUGCGACGGCAUCACAGUGGAUCUGCCCGAGUAGCGACGAUUUCACAUACUGCUGUCAUCGCACCAGACGCUGCACUGACAGAGGGCAGAGAGCACACAGAGGACACAGAGGACAAAGUAGAGCCAAAGCAGCGAAGGUUGGAGGUCAGGGAGCAAGGCAUUUUUUCGCCAGACAUUUUGGUGGAUUUUUCAACUGAUGGAAUCCGAAAUGAGCAAAGUGUGCAAAGUCUGACCUUUCAAAAUGAGCAAAGUGUGCACAUCUCUUUCUGUGCACGAUUGUGGCUUGGCUUCUGCCUCAGCACCAUUGGCUCUUUGAUCACAUACCUCUACUUGCAAGCGCAGCGUGGCCAAUAG